UCGCUGGGAUCGACGACAGACUGUCUGGCCUACUCAAGAUUCGUGUGAAUACUACUUGUACACUGCUAGUGUCUACAAAAGUACAUUACUGCUACUUGUGUGUUGUCAAGUGUGAUGACCAUGUACGGUUUCUCAGCUCCUUUCUUCCUAAUGUUGCUGAUGGUGGGUCAUGAAGUCACAGCUCUGUCUUGCAACUUCGAUCACGGUUAUUGUGGCUGGAAGCAGAGCUGGAACAACCAGUUUGAUUGGAGGAUUGGAAAAGAAGCCACCUCCGAUGCCACUUCCGGUCCAAAAGAAGACCACACAUCUGGCAGAGGACAAUAUGUGUAUAUCCGAGGCAAGGACGCCCAUGACGCUGACGCUCAUGCCAGUCUCGUCAGCCCCUUUCUGAGUGUAACGUCUAUUAUCACCUUCAAAUUCUGGUACCAUAUGAACGGUAACGGAAUAGGGACGUUGUCAUUGUCGAUGCUGCCUGCAAGCGGUGGACGCAGGCUUCUGUGGCGGCUGUCUCGUCGUCAAGGCAACGAAUGGAAGCUGGCCCAAGUCAAACUGCCCCCUGGCCUGUAUCAGGUUGAGUUGGAUGCAACAGCGCUGCUACACGUUGGCAGCGACAUCGCUGUUGACGACAUUGACGUCACUCACGAACCUGCAGAGGUGACCGGUAUCACAAGACCCACCACUACAACAACAACUACGACUACGACCACAGCACCAACCACCACACUUUCAACAACACCUAGACCCACACUAGACCUCUCUUGUGCAUUCGAGAAGGAUUGGUGUGUUUGGAAGCAAGACAGCCUGGACAAUUAUGAUUGGAGGAGAAACAAGGGUUUGUCUGAUGACCGUUCAUCCGGGCCUUCAGGUGACCACACAACCGGAAAUGGCUACUACGUGUACAUGCGUGGAGCAGACUCCAGCCACCCUGGGGAGUACACCCGCCUGACCACCCCCUUCAUAGAGGCCUACAUCCCCUCCAACAUGACCUUCUGGUACCACAUGAAUGGUGCCGGCAUUGGCACACUGAAGGUGCUCCGACUUGGGCUGGACCACUCCACUACGGAACUGUUUUCCGCCAGUGGCAGACAGGGACCCGAAUGGCAUCAGGCUCAUGUCAACAUACUGCCCGGCACGUUUAGGAUCGUCAUUGAAGCAACGACCAAGCUGCACUACGGUAGCGACAUUGCGAUCGACGACAUCAUAGCCUCUGUGUUUGAAGUCUUCCCCAUGACAACUACACCAACGCCGACAACAACAACACCAACACCACCAACAACAGAACCAAAGCCCAUCACGUGUACGUUUGAGACUGGGAUGUGCGGAUGGUCCCAAUACAAGGGAGACAACAUAGAUUGGACUCGAUGGACGGGGGCGACACCAGACUUCGUCUCUGGACCAACGAACGAUCAUACCACUGCACAUGGAUACUUCAUGUUUCUUGACGGUCGCUACGUCGAGAACAGUAAUUGGACUGCUGACCUCAUAACACAUGACCUCGACAUCAAGACAACGUCGUCCUUGACCUUUUGGUAUUAUAUGAAUGGCGCCAACAUAGGAUCUCUGCGUGUCCAGAAACUGACAUCAGACGGCACCGUGACCACACUGUGGAGAAGAGAUGGGAGGCAGGCGCCAGACUGGUUAGAGGGGCAUGUCGCCCUGUCUGUGGGAACAUACAGACUGGCAAUGUCGGCUACGGCUCUUCAUCACUACGGAAGCGACCUCGCCAUUGAUGACGUCACACUAAAGAAAUAACUCUAGAUGUGGGGACUGAUGUUCACUGCCCAGGCACACACAGAAGCACCAACUACUGCUUGUAUAGUGAUGUACCAUGAAGAACACCUUGAAGACAUCUCAUUAGACUGCUCUACAAUUUGUUUUAGAAGACGUAGAAAUGUGAAUAUAUUA